UCUCAUGUGCGCCGCAGCACAAGAUAACAAUAAAUUCGGCCAACUCCGCUGUAAACAUUGAUAGGAACAUGGAUCGUCCACAAACUCGUUAUGAACAAGGCUAAUUGGUUUACUAGUGACCAGUCAUAGGUGUCUCUCUCAACAACUGGAUGAAAAUCUUGUUGAAGAAAACGCUCACAUCGCCGAAAACCAUGUGGAGCACGAUGAUAUAAGGACCAGCCAUGCAAAUUCCCCAGUAGCUAGCAGCCAGUCCUCCAAAAGUCAUAAUAAUGCGCCCGUCCUGGAGCAUCUUCGUCCUGCCAACCGUUCUACUUCUUCCCAUCGUCGCAGCUGAUUUUCACGCUGGCUCAGUCACCUGCAAACAGUUCUGGCCAUGGGUCGAACAUGAUAAAUAUGGGGUCAUCGUCCCUGGGAACCGAGACGCCUGCGAUGUGGUAUCGGGUCCGUACUCUAAUCAAGGGUUUAAAUAUGGGCCAGAAAUGACCGCUACGCUUUGCGGUGCUACAAUUACCAUUUCCAACACCCAAUCGUGGACGAGCUCAGACGGGGGAAGUGGAAUAUGCUAUCAGAUCAAUGGUGGAAGCGGAGUGGACAGUACGUGCUGGAAUGGGGACUUCGGGGAGUGCACAUGGACUGAUCAUAUCUGGUGCGAGUCGAACUUGUGCAAGUAGAAGGGGGAAAGUUGUCCUAGCAUCUAGUGACGCCAGCACGGUAACCCUUGUGAUUUUCUAGUUUCGGAGAUUGUAAACCUAUGUUCAGACUAUCACGAUGGCGUUUGUAUUUUUCUAGCUUUUUGAAAUUGUAGCUCAUGUAUAUACUAUACCUGCCGGAAUCUUCGGUACCCGCAAGUCGCGUUAAUCGAAGGGAUGCUGAGGGUCUGUC